ACUAGAAAGCAGUACAAGGCUAAAACCUCAUGAAGCUCAAAGCUACAGAAAGAAGGCAUUGUGGGUUUCCUGGGUCUCCAUUAUUGUCACACUGGCUCUUGCAGUGGCUGCUUUCACUGUCUCCGUAAUGAGAUACAGUGCAUCAUCCUUUGGAUUUGCUUUUGAUGCCACCCUGGAUGUUCUGUCGUCAGCGAUAGUUCUGUGGCGUUACAGCAACGCAGCCGCUGUGCACUCUGCACACAGGGAGUACAUGGCUUGUGUUAUCUUGGGUGUCAUAUUCCUCCUGUCAUCUAUAUGUAUUGUGAUCAAAGCCAUCCACGAUCUUGCGAAGAGGGUGCUUCCAGAAGUGGAUGAUUUUCUGUACAGUGUCUCUGUUCUAAGUGGAAUCCUCUGCACUGUCUUGGCAGUAAUCAAAUUUAUGCUGGGAAAGGUCCUUACAAGCAGAGCACUGAUAACUGAUGGUUUCAACUCUCUUGUAGGUGGAAUAAUGGGAUUUUCCAUCCUUCUUAGUGCAGAAGUGUUUAAACACAAUUCUUCUGUCUGGUACCUGGAUGGCAGUAUAGGAGUGUUAAUUGGACUUACAAUAUCUGCCUAUGGAAUCAAGCUGCUCAUCGAUAUGGUGCCCAGGGUGAGGCAAACGCGCCACUACGAGAUGUUCGAGUGAAGGUGCCGCCCUCUCCCUGCAAGGACUGUAAAACCACAGCGUCCUACGUCUUGGCAAGUGGUGCCAAUGGUAUUUUCCUGAAUAUGCAGUUUGUUUCCCCGUGGUCUGUUUCUGUUGAAGUUUGUUUGAGUGGGAAAAUCUCUCUGUAAAUCUGGCAUAUUGUGCACACUGCUUGCGAUUCAGCCAAACAGCAGCGUUUUGGUUUGGUUUUUUUUUUCCUUAUUUAUUUCCAGUAUGCUAUUGAUUCCUGUGACAAUAGAAAACAUGCAGUUUGCAGUUUGAACCCAGCUGCCAUGUUGUAUAUUCCAGAGUGAAAGUGUUUUCAAUGGUGUGGUAAGCCUGUGGGUAAAGAAGUGCCAGUUUCAGAUUUGAGUUUUGGAUUUUUUUUUUCCCCUGGCCUGUAUUUUCCCAAACACAUGCUGUAACAGGAGAACAAUCCUUGCUAACCUCUUCAACUAAGAUUAUCUUACAUAGAGUCUGGACACCAAGAGCUGUGUUGCUUAAAACACUUAAGUAGCUAUUUCCACCCUGUUGUUGAAAUAGACACCCAGAAAGAGCAGGUACAGCCCUUUCUGUGAUCAGAGAGAUACUGCAUUUUAACCCCAAAUUAACUGAAACGAUACCUCUUCGAUUUAAAGUCUAUUUUUUCUUAAUGAGACACUGUUCAUAGCUUUGCAUGGACCAAACAAGCACACACAGUAUUAUUGUACAGACCAAAGCCAAAAGAGUCAUGCAGGGAAGAGGAGCUGCUCAAGGAAUGGGAUUUUCAUCUCCUAUUUUACCAUAUGCAGCGUGUGUGACGUUGUGGUUGCUCUGUAGUCUGACAACGGCACAGCAGUGGCUCAAUCUCGUGGUGAGAUACAGAUCUAUUUAUUAGAUUUAGAUUGUCCUGUAAAGUGUUGCUCACUUUCCACCACACAUCUUAUAUAUUACUUAAUAGCAGGUUAAAUGGUCAAAGAAUCUUGAUGUAUAAUCAAUAAAACUGGUAUCUAUUUUAUACAGUAUCUGUAAGUAACAUUUGAAAACUAUUUCCAGAAUGUAUCAUAGAACAAAGUCUUCCUGUAUAGCAGCCUAUUAAACUGGAUUCUCUGGCUAUA